CGACCCGCGCACCCUGUUGGAUUCUUAAUUUCCCAAACUAUCCCCAAAUUCCCAAACCCUCGCGACGCUCAGUGUCCGUCACCGUUCUCUCUCUGCGACCACUCUCGCUGUGGAAAAAUCUCAAGCUCAGGUUGAUGGCAAUCACACCCAUUUGAGUGCAUUUCUUCUUUUUCAUGGUCCACGAACGCCGCAAGAAUUCAUUUCUACUCUCAAUUUCAGACUUCGCCAAAGAUAUGGCAGGUAAAGGUAGAGGUAGGGGUAGAGGAAGGGGAAGAGGAAAGGCUUCCUCCUCUCAACCAUCUAUACAGUCAAGCUUAGCUCCUUUAUCUACUCCGUCUCUUCCUCCACAGUCUUCACAUUCCCAUAUUGAGCCUAGACCUACACCAUCCCAUACUAAGCCUACACUUAUCCACCUUCCCAAUCCACAAACUGUCACUCCAUCGGCCUUUUCUUCCCAUUCCCAAACUGUGGCUACACAUACUUUAUCACCUCAUUUAAUUGGAACAUCUACAAAUAUGUUAGGUGAUCCUUCCCCUAAUUCAUCUGCAGAACCACAGGAUGAGGUAGCAUCCGUAGCACCAGAAGAUAUCACAUGGGGGGAAAAGGAUGUAGAUGGACGAGUUUGGAUCAAACCUGCACCUGGAAAUAACUUUUAUCCUGAGCAUAAAACAAAGGGUAAGAUCACGAAAAUCUUCAAAAACAAGUUUGAAGGAGCUUGGUCAAGUUGGAGUAAUGUAGAUGAUGAUACAAUCAACAUGUGGUUUGAGGAAUUUAAGUCAAUGUUCAAGUGGUUGGAAAAGGAUGAGGACCACAUUAAAAAGUGCUUCCAUAGUAGGGGAUCAGAGGCCCUGAGCAAGGCAAUGUAUAAGGUGUGGAGUGGUGAAGAUAAGGGUUACUGGAUUAACCCAAACAUGUUAGAACAACUGAAGCUUGAAUGGAAAAAUGAGGAUGGGCUAGAAAAAUCUAGCAAAAGCCAGGAAAAUAGGCAAUCCGUAGACGAACACAAUGUGCCCAGUGAAAAAGACCAUGCUACAGGAACGAUGGCAGGUAGAGGUAAAGGAAGAGAAAGGGGAAGGGGAAGGGGAAAGGUGGCCUCUCAACCAUCUGUUCCUCCCCAAUCUUCACAUUCUCCUAUUGAGCCUACACCUAGGUCACCUCCUCGUACCCGUACUAGUACUAGGCCUUCACCUAUCAACCUUCCACAUCCUAUCAACCUUCCACAUUCACAAACUGUCCCAACAACGUCCCUAUCUUCCCAUUCCCAAACUGAGCCUGCACAUAUUCCAUCACCUCAUUUGCAGAUUGGAGCAUCUUCAGAGUUAGCAUCCUUUAGACUAUUGGACAUCCCAUGGGGGGAAGAGGAUGAAGAUGGACGUGUUUGGAUCAAACCUGCAGCUGGAAACAACUUUUAUCCUGAGGAUAAAACAAGGGGUAAAAUCACAAAAAUCUUCAAAAAAAAGUUUGAAGGGCCUUGGUUGUCUUGGGGGAAUGUAGAUGAGGAAACGAUGAACAUGUGGUUUGAGGAUUUUAAGGCAAUGUUCAAGUGGUUGGAAAGAGACGAGGACCGCAUUAAAAAGUGCUUCCAUAGUAGGGGAACUGAGGCACUGAGCAAUGCUAUGUAUAGGGUGCGUAGUGGUCAAGAUAAGGGUAACUGGAUUAACCCGAAUAUAUUGGAACAACUAAGGCUUGAAUGGAACAAUGAGGAUUGGCUUGAAAAGUCUAGGAAAAACAAGCAAAAUAGGCACUCCAAAGUGGAACUCAAUGUGCAUGGUGGAGGGUCUAUAUCUGCAAGGGAGCAUGCUAAAAGAAUGAGGAUCGAAAAUAACAAGGAACCAACAUGUUUUGAGCUUUAUGAGCGGCUUCACAGGCCCAAGGGAAAGCCAGAUCAAUGGUUUAAUGAGACUCAAGGGAAGAUUGCUGAAACUUACCAAACACAAAUAGCUGAAAAGCAAUCUCAGGGCGGCGAGGGUACUAGUCAGCAAAAUGAUGAUGAUAACGUCUUCUUAAAUGUUGUUGGAAGCAUUAGUAAAAAAGGACGGAUAUAUGGAAUAGGUUCUCUGGGUGCGGAUGUCAAAGCAUCUUCUUCUUCACCAGGUGAAGUAACAUCAGAAGAGGUGGUUGCAAUGAAGGCUAUGAUUCAUGCUCUAGCUGUUGAAGUUAAGCAAAAGAAUCUUGAACAACAAAUUAUGAUGUCAAAGAUGGAAGAGUGGGAGAAGAUGUUUAGGAGUCUUAUGCCAAAUAAAAAAGUGCGAACAUCUCCGCAGACACUCACAGGACAGGAUAAAAAUUAUGAUGAGAAUUUGGGUGAAGAUGAUAUGGAUGAAGAUGAUAAUCAAGAUGAUUAGUUUUACUUGUAUAUUUUGUUGUCGUGACUAGAUUGUUGUUUUUGUAUUAUGGUUGGAUUACAUUCAACUUGGUGUUAACUAACUGUUCCUUUCUUGCUUUCUAAAGUUUGCGACUGUAUGAAAUAUGUAUUUUGAAGUUAACAA